CUCCAUCCUCCAAAGUCAAAAUCCCCAUCGCCCAAGGAACAAGGCCUCUUCACCUCACCGCAAAUCUCUAUCCCCAACACGCACUGGCACAGUGGCACCGCCCUCUCUGCCUUCCUAACAUUACCAUGUCCUCCUGACCGAUAUAUAAACACCUCUCGCGUGCCGGUAUGCAGUUGCAACAUCUCUGACCGAGAGAGAGCCCGAGAUAACUCUAUUGGCCUGGCCCCGUGACCUACCUUGCCUAUCUCUCACCGCCCCCUCCAUCUCUCUCUCGCGUGGCGGGGUCGAAGCUGCGUGCCCAGAUCGUGCCAUGAAGGUGCAGUGCGACGUGUGCGAGGCCGAGGCGGCCUCCGUCUUCUGCUGCGCCGACGAGGCCGCGCUGUGCGACGCCUGCGACCGCCGCGUCCACCGCGCCAACAAGCUCGCCGGCAAGCACCGCCGCCUGUCCCUCCUCCACCCAUCGCCGGCCUCCUCCUCGUCGCCUUCGCCGAAGCCGCCUCUCUGCGACAUCUGCCAGGUGGGAUAUAGUACAAAUCAAGAACGUUUUCAGAUAUGUGUGCCAUUUGUGUUGCUACGGCGAGAGCUGAUGUUAUGUCGUUGUGGGCUGCAGGAGAAGAGGGGGCUCCUGUUCUGCAAGGAGGACAGGGCGAUCCUGUGCCGGGAGUGCGACGUCCAGGUGCACACGGCCAGCGAGCUGACGAGGCGGCACGGCCGGUUCCUGCUCACCGGCGUGCGCGUCUCGUCGGCGCCGGCGGAGUCCCCCGCGCCGUCGGGUCAGGAGGAGGAGGGGAACAGCACCAGCCCCUGCAUCGCCGACUCCUGCAGCGGCGACGCCAGUGGCACGGCGAGCGCCAGCGCGAGCGCGAGCGACGGCAGCAGCAUCUCCGAGUACCUGACGAAGACGCUGCCCGGGUGGCACGUCGAGGACUUCCUCCUGGACGACGCCGCCGUCGCCGUCUCCUCGAACAAGCCGUAUCAGGGAGGAGGGCUGGCUAGGAUCGGUGGGCCGCAAGAAGGUGAAGGUUACCCGGCGUGGGCUGGCCAAGAGCAGCUGAUCGGUGGCGUCGUUGUCGCUGCGGGUGAGCGGGCCAGCCGCGAGCUGUGGGUACCGCAGAUGCACGCGGGGGCGGCGUGGGCCGGCAGCAAGCGACCUCGGCCGUCGUCUCUCGGCUCCUCCUUCUACUGGUGAAAACGUGCGCUUUGCAGUACCAGUACUAGGACUAGUAGCGGAUAAAAUCAGAAAAUGACCUGGACCAUGAAUUUUUGUUUGAUCUGCAGUUGCUCGCUUCAGAAAUUACUGUCAUUUUUUACUGCGUCCUCAAUGUGUCGCUUCUGAGUCUUUGGGAACACUGGAUCACUGGACUGUUUGACCUUUGAA